UAUUUCUUAUAUUAUUUAUAUUUCUGGUUUGUAUCUUCACCAAACCAUUUCUUGUAUUAUUUAUAUUUCUGGUUUGUAUCUUCACCAAACUAUUUCUUGUAUUAUUUAUAUUUCUGGUUUGUAUCUUCACCAAACCAUUUCUUAUAUUAUUUAUAUUUCUGGUUUGUAUCUUCACCAAACCAUUUCUUAUAUUAUUUAUAUGUCUGGCCUGUAUCUUCACCAAACUAUUUCUUGUAUUAUUUAUAUUUUUGGCUUGUAUCUUCACCAAACCAUUUCUUGUAUUAUUUAUAUUUCUGG